AUGGAUCCCAUCAAGUACGUCUUCGAGAAGCCCGCUCUCUCCGGACGAAUAGCAAGAUGGCAAAUGAUAUUGACAGAGUACGACAUCCAGUAUACCACGCAGAAGGCAAUUAAAGGAAGUGUACUAGCUGAUCAUUUGGCUCAUCAAGCAGUAGAUGACUAUCAGUCCAUGAGUUUUGAGUUUCCAGAUGAAGAUAUCAUGCUUGUUACUGACUAUGAAGAGCCUGGUCCGGAUGAAGGACCUGAACCGGGAUCCCGAUGGAUUAUGGUUUUUGACGGAGCUUCGAAUGCACUGGGUAAUGGUAUUGGUGCUGUAAUUAUUUCUCCUGAAGGCGGACAUACACCAUUCACUGCUAGACUAUGCUUCGACUGCACCAACAAUAUGGCCGAAUAUGAAGCAUGCAUCAUGGGUCUCAAAGCCGCAAUCGACUUGAGAAUCAAACUUCUAGAAGUGUAUGGAGACUCAGCCUUGGUUUUAAAAAAAGGAAAACCGCGGAAAAAUCCGCAGGUAAUUCCGUGGAUAAAAUCGCAAGAAUUUCCGCAGCCAAGCAGCGUAGCACAAAUGGUUGCAGAUACCCUCUGA